UCUACAAGAACGCUUUCCUCUAUAGUGUUCAAUGAGGGACUGUGCUGCAGUCCUACCCACGUCACACCUAGUAGUUGAAACAGAAAGUGUAAAUCUCGCUCCGUGUUGGCAGUGUUAGGAAAUCAGUGGACUGACAUGCAGGCAGCAGUCAUGAGUAGCUCCAAGGAAGUGGUGCAUAACGCAGCAAAGGAGUUCCUUCAUUUUGUUAACCGGGGUGUGUCUCCCUACCACGUUGUCGAAGAAUGCAAAGCCAGAUUGUGCUUAGCAGGCUUUAAGGAGCUGAAGGAGUCUGACCACUGGGACAUCAAACCAGCAAGCAAGUACUUUGUGACACGGAACUAUUCCACCAUUAUUGCCUUUGCAGUGGGUGGCAACUACCAGCCCAGUAAUGGGUUCAGUAUGAUUGGUGCUCACACUGACAGCCCCUGUCUUAAGGUGAAAUUGAGGUCCAAGAAGACCAGACAAGGCUGCCUGCAGGUUGGGGUUGAAUGCUAUGGAGGUGGUAUUUGGAACACUUGGUUUGACCGUGAUCUUUCCCUUGCUGGGAGGGUUAUUGUCAAGACUGGUGAUGCUCUCAAGCAGCACUUAGUCCACAUUAAAAGGCCAAUCCUGCGUAUUCCUCACCUUGCCAUUCACUUGCAAAGAGACAUAAAUGACAGUUUUGGCCCUAAUAAAGAGAACCACCUGGUUCCUAUUUUAGCAACUGCUGUCCAAGAAGAACUCGAAACGGGGACCAGUUCAAGUGGAGAUGCUAGCAGUGCUUUAAAAAUGUCUGAAAAACACCAUCCUGUUUUGCUCAGCCUCCUUUGCAGUGAGCUUGGAAUUGAGGUGGACUCUAUAUUGGAUUUUGAGUUGUGCCUCUGUGACACCCAGCCCGCGACAUUAGGUGGUGCAUUUGAAGAAUUCAUCUUCUCUCCUCGGUUGGACAAUCUCCACAGCUGCUACUGUGCCUUACAGGCUCUGAUCGAAUCUUGUACUCCAGAGGGUUCCCUAGCAAAAGAGCCCAACAUCCGAGUGGUUACCCUGUAUGAUAAUGAGGAGGUUGGGUCAGAAAGUGCUCAAGGUGCAAUGUCAUCUCUGACGGAGAUAGUUCUGCGCCGCCUGGCUUGCAGCUUCAAGAACCUAGCAGCUUUUGAGGAGGCUAUCCCUAAAUCUUAUCUGAUCAGUGCAGAUAUGGCUCAUGCUGUGCAUCCUAACUAUCAGGACAAGCACGAAGAAAACCACAGACCAAUGUUCCAUAAGGGCCCAGUGAUCAAGUACAACAGCUGCCAACGGUAUGCCACUACAGCAGUCACAGCCUCCAUUAUCAGGGAGAUUGCCAAGAUGGUUAAUGUGCCCUUGCAGGAAUUCAUGGUGAGGAACGACAGUCCCUGUGGAACCACCAUAGGCCCAAUCAUUUCAUCCAAAUUGGGUCUACGGGUGCUUGAUCUAGGUUGCCCACAGCUGGCCAUGCACUCAAUCCGAGAGAUGUGCUGUACUUCUGGAGUGUACCAGACCAUCACCCUGUUCAAGGGCUUUUUUGAACAUUAUCCAGCAGUGAGUCACUGUGUUCAGGUGGACUAGACACACAGACACUCAUUGUACUGAAAACAUCUUUCCCUUCUUUGAGAUGACAACUAUUGGCCCACAUAAACCAGCUGCCCUGCAUUUCAAGCAUUAAUGGAGUAAACUCUUACCAGCCUGUAGGACUUUGGUUUCUACAUGUUUUCCAAUUAAAUCUGUUAAUAAAUAUUUUUGAUAAACCUA